AUGGAAAGCCGAGCUCGUUCACGCAGACGAACCAGAAUAACAUCUAGGCGACGCAGAGAUGCUGUUGAAUUAGAACAUCCGAGCUUAAAUGAUGUUUUGCUCACGCAAAACGCGAUUGAAGCUUUCGAGCUUCAGCAGGAAGGGGAAGCGUUUUCACCGAUUCUCCGUCAACAAUCUCUGCAAAGCCGACGCUUACCUGUAAGGGAAAACGGGGAUGACCCCCAGAACCGUAGGGUGCAGCGUACUAAAGAUGUCAUCUGGAGAACAAAUGAGCUGGCAAAACUCGCGUUUAUGGUCGAAAGACACCGAGAACCGGACUGUCGUAUCCGAUGGGCGGAUCUCAGAAAUACCUGGGACUGCUUGCGAAUGGAGAACGAUCCUAGAAGAACUCUCAGUGCUCUGAAGGCCGCGUACGCAAAAAUCGCUAGACUCACAGAUCGAAACGAAGCUCCUCGUUCGGAAGUAACCAAUAGUGUGCACGAAGAUGAGGAGCAACCCGCUGAAUCAAAUGUUGGCGAUUCUGUCACCCUGGUCGAUCAAGAACAUUCUAGUCUUAGCGAUCACUCAGAAACGGGUAAUUCGUCGGAGACUCUCGAACAAAGACUAAGGGAACGUUUCAAUCGCUAUCACAGAAUGGCAGUUGAUUCGAAUGACAGACAACCAAUAAGGAGGCCUAGGGAAUCCUGA